AUGCCAGUUCAUGAAGAAAUAUCUCUAAUAUCAACCUUAUUUAAUGUAUCAGUCUUAUUACUGAAAAUUGUUUUCCUAUAUCUAUCUAGUUUACUAGGAGUUGAUUCAUUUAUAACAUCUGGUGAUGUUGAUGUUCCAACUACCAAUACUUCAUCAAAUCAAUGUGAUAACAACAACAACAACAACAACAACCACGUUAAAACCAGGUUAGUUAAUGCUAAAGAUAUUAAUGAAAUAGUUGAAGUACAUGGUUAUAAAGUUAGAGAACAUGUGGUCACUACUAGAGAUGGAUAUUUAUUAGUUAUUCAUAAAUUGGAGAAAAUACAAACAAAUCCAUAUCAUCAUUGUCAUCGUCAUACAUCUAGUAAUGUCAAUCUUUCCAAAAUAGUUUAUUUUCAUCAUGGAUUAAUGACAAAUUCAGAAUUAUUUGUUUUGGGCACUAACAAAUAUAAAACAUUACCUUAUUUAUUAGUGGAUUUAGGUUAUGAAGUUUGGUUAGGGAAUAAUCGAGGUAAUAAAUAUUCUAGAAAACAUUUAAAAUUAUCGGCAUCAGAUCCUAAAUUUUGGGAUUUUUCAUUAGAUGAAUUUUCAUAUUAUGAUAUUCCUGAUUGUUUAACAUAUAUUAAAAAUUAUUAUUAUCAAGUUAGCAAUAAUAAUAAUAACAACAACAACAACAACAAUAAUAAUAAUCAUUAUCACCACCACCAUCAUCCAAGUACCAAUGCUGUAUCACCAACAGUAUUAUCAUCUUCAACUUCAACUUUAACAAAUUCAGAUUUACAAAUAAUUUAUAUUGGAUUUUCUCAAGGAUGUUCCCAAUUUUUUGCUAGUUUAAGUUUAUAUCCACAAUUGAAUUCAUAUAUUAAAAUAUUUAUUGGAUUAUCACCAGCAAUUAUCCCACAAAAUUUAAAUCAUCCAAUUUUUAAAUUAAUUGUUAAUCAAGCGGCUAAUGAUAAUUCUUUUUUAUUUAGUUUAUUUGGAAGAAGAGCAAUUAUGCCAUCGGUAUCAUUUUGGUAUACAAUUUUUGGUCCAUCAUUAUAUGAAAAAGUUGUUGAUAAAUCAUUACAAUUAUUAUUUGGUUGGACAGGAUCUAAUAUAUCUCAAUCACAAAAAGAAAUUGGUUAUCCUCAUAUGUUUUCAAAUUCUUCUGUGAAAUCAUUAUUACAUUGGUUUCAAAUAAUUAAAGCUGGAAGAUUUCAAAUGUUUGAUGAAACUUGUUGUUAUGGAAUCACUAAAUUAUCAUGUUUAUCACAUAAACUGAAACAAAAAGGUAAUAGAGUAGCACCAUUUCCUAUAGCUGAUCAUUUAGAUGUCCCUAUGAUGUUAUUUUAUGGUGAUAAUGAUAUUUUGGUUGAUAUAAAUAAAACCAAAAAUUUAAUUGUUGAUAAUAAUCAUAAAAUGCAAAAUAAAUUGGAAUUGAUAUUAUGUCCUGGUUAUGAACAUAUGGACACUUUAUGGGGUGAAAAUGUUUAUCAAGAUGUAUUUAAAUUAGUGCUUGAAAGAUUAGAAAAACUGGAAUUUUCUUUGGGUUAUAAUAUUAAUGGUAUUAAUAACCAAGAUUUAGAAUUGAUGAUUGAAGAUAAACAUAAUCAUCCUCAAUUGAAUAGUAAGAAUUUACGAUUACAUGAAGAUGCUUUGGAGUUGAAUGAUGCUGAUGAUGACCUGUUAGAUAUAAAUAAUAAUAAUAAUAAUGAAAUGAAAUUUCGCUCAUGA